AUUUCCCAUGAUCCAUUGCGCGCAGACGACAACACGCAGACAUGUCGUACACUUCGGUGGACUUCGAGGUUCACGGCCGGGUACAAGGCGUCUGCUUUCGAAUGUAUACUGAGGAUGAGGCACGUAGGCUGGGUGUGGUUGGAUGGGUGAGGAACACUCGCCAGGGCACGGUAGAUGGACAGGUACAAGGGCCUACUGAUAAAGUCAGACAGAUGAAACAAUGGCUGCAGUACGAGGGAAGCCCGUCCAGUAUUAUUGACUACGCCACUUUCAGGAAUGAGAAGACUAUCAGCAAGCCUACCCAGAAGGGCUUCUUCACCAGAUACUGAGUCUCUGUUCUGUGCAGGCAGGAGUGGUUAGCCAAGAAAGGAAGUCCAUCCUCACGGAUUACAAAAUGCAACUUCAAGAAUGAAAAACAAGUGAAAGAAUUGGACUUCAGAGAUUUUAGAACCACAUACUGACCAUCUGCUACAUUGUGAAAGGCCCUUGGAGCUUUAUUUCGUUGUGAAGCUGUAUACCUUUCAUCUGUUGGAGUCUUGCAUGAGCUGUGGAAAUCCUCCUACGUUUGUAUCCGAUUUGUUGUACAUCAUAUCAGUGGUUCAUCGGACUGUUACUUGUUGGUUUAUCGGACUGUUAGUUGUUGCUUAUUAUUUCACAUGGUUUAUUUAUUAUAAGGCAAAGUUAAAAGUGUCUUUCAGGACAACUGUAGUCAAGCAUUUUGUGCCAAUCUUCUCAAAUCUUGUACUGAUGCAAUGGUACAUAUACAUUGCACCUCCGAUACAAGACUUGAUCAUGUCUUUUAAGUCAUCAUGGGUACGUGUAAAACUAAUCCCGUGUGUAGUCUAAUUCGGUCAGUGAAUUUCUGAGAAUUAUGAUGUCAUACAUGUACAUGUACAGGUAAUUUAAAGUGUUAAAUAUCUUGAAACGGUAAUAUGCUGCUACUAUGUUGUUAUGGAAUGUUAAAGUGUGUUUGAUAGGGAAUGU